AUGACUGACUGCUCUUUUUUCUUCCGCUAUUUUAAGCAAAGUAAAGCAGCAGUUUGGCUGAAAGAAGACAUGAAAAAGAUUGUGACAGUGCCACUAAACGAGCAGAGCAAUUCCACCUACACAAAGUUAUUUGGAGUCAGUCUCCAAGACCUCCACCAGCAGGGGCUGACUGAGAACGGCGUUCCAGCUAUCGUGGGGAGCAUAGUGGAGUACUUGACCAUGCAUGGACUCACCCAGGAAGGCCUUUUUCGGGUGAAUGGCAACGUCAGGGUGGUGGAACAGCUUCGGUGGAAGUUUGAGAGUGGGGUGCCUGUGGAGCUGGGGAGGGACGGCGACGUCUGCGCAGCGGCCAGCCUGUUAAAGCUCUUCCUGAGGGAGCUGCCGGAGGGCGUGAUCACCUCGGCACUGCAGCCUCGGUUCAUUCAGCUCUUUCAGGAUGACAGAAAUGAUGCUCAGGAGAGUAGCUUAAGAGCCUUAAUAAAAGAGCUGCCAGACACCCACUACUGCCUCCUCAAGUACCUUUGCCAAUUCUUGACAAAAGUAGCCAAGCACCAUGUGCAGAACCGCAUGAAUGUUCACAAUCUCGCCACUGUAUUUGGGCCAAAUUGCUUUCAGUAA